GCACUUACUAGCUGUUCGUCUCUACUAGUCCAAGCGACCAGCAAGCCUAGUCAAAAGUCAACAGUCAUGCACGAUCCAUUUCUUGACGUUUCUCGUGACUCGUCAGGGAUACGGAUGUAGCAUCUGUGUCCAUGCACCCACGUACACCGUACCCUACUCACCACAUCACAUGUACAUAACCAAACUUACAAUUAUAUUACACCCAAACUCUACAGGAGCUACUUAUUAUAGCAAGGAUGCCUCACACUUAGCCCACUUUGUAAUUUGCUUUCUUGAUUAACUUUAACUUCCCUUUCCCUCCAUUUGUGCCGCUUGUCUCUAUUAGGGUUGGGUGUUGUGGACACUGUGUUCACAACAAAAUAGGGCAGCAAAUUCUCUAUGGCCAACAUUACCGUGACCUUCUUAAUUGAUUGUUACUUGUCUAGUUGUCUAGUUACUUCUUACCAUACUUCUUCUUAUAUUUUAUUAUAUCUUGUUAUAUUUAAUUGUCUGUCAUUUGGUUCACGGCUAUAUUUCUACGUGGUGGACUAGUUUAACUUCUAAAUAAUUGUUUGGUUUCUAGCGGAUAUCAUAGCGGCUGAUCAUUGCGAGUCAUUUUAUACAGGCACAGAUAUAAAACUUAAGUUCUUCCCUGUAGAAAAAAAUAGUUGUUUUAUUUGAUCUUAGCACCAAAAGUUAGGUAAAGUGAUGCUGGAGGAGUGUCACGAACGACCAGGGCCUUGUUCGCCUAACUAUACCAAAAUAUCGCCAACCAGGCACCGUUUUGCGGUGGGGGUCUUCCUGUGGGCCCCACCUGUCAUGCUAUUCCUCCCCGAGGAUCCUCCCCCAAAUUCCCCAAUUCACAGGCUGCCUCGCAGCAGCUGCAGGCCACAUCGCGCGCCCGCCUCGCCGCCGUUCCCGCCGGCAGCCGCACCGUACCGCCUCCAGACUCCUCUCCUCCAUAGCCCAGCUCGGCGCCUCUCAGGGGCCCGAGCAACCAACCUACUCCUCCCUCCUGCACGCGCCGUGGGGGCCUGCCAUUUCUUGGAUCUUUGGGCGGCCGGCGCCGGGCACGAUGUCUGGAGGCCAAGAAGACCCCGAAGGCUCAGAUCACAACAUGGACCUGGGAGAAGGCAAUACCACCACACGGAUCAAAAGGGCAAAAGCCACAAAUUGGCCUAGGGUCAUGUCAAAGUUUUUGCUUGAUUGGUACCUUGAGAAAAAGAGAGGAAUGCCACCCAAAACCAAGUUCAAGAAGAUGCACCAUGUUUGGUGCACAUCUGCAGUAAAUGCUAAAUUCAGAACAAGUUACUCUGUCGAUCAGGUCCAUCGCCAUUUUAGGCGUUUCAAGGAGAUCUGGAUCGUUGUGACUCGGUAUGCCAAUGAGACUGGGAGCAGAUUCAACAAUAAACACAAAAUGCUUAUACUUCCUGCUGCCAUUAUGGCUAGUUUACCUAUAGCAGAGCGUGCUAUUCUCGCCAAGCCCAUUCCAUUCUUCGACCAUCUGCUACAACUCUUUAAUGAUGGCGAGCUGGAUGCUGCCUGCAUGAGAGACCCUAUUAUGGAUGAUGAUUCUCAUGAGGAAUUGGAAACCCAGAUUGCAAUGAAUAUUAUUGCCCAGGGUGCAGACACAAGGGAUCAAGAUGGGGCGAACUUAGAUAUUAUUGAGUUGGAAGGUGAAGAUAACCAUCAUGAGGUGGCAGCAAGUAGCGGUGGGGUCCCUUGUGAAGUCAUGUCUGACACUAGUGCACCAUCUGUGCAGCCAUCUGGUUCCUUUGCUGAGAGCACAAUGGCUGCUCUCAAGCCUAGCGCAAAGAAGAUGAAAAUCAUCAGCAAAACAAAACCAAAUCCAAAGCUGCAGGCUCUAGUUCCACGUGAUGGCAGGAACAUGGACGCAUUGAACAGUACAUUAGUGGGAAUCCGUGACAGUGCUCCAAAACUGGUUCGGACACAACCGACAACAUCAGACCCAAAUGCCCCUUUAUGGGACAUGCUAAAAGAAAUUCCACUGUCUCAUCCUGAUAGGCUCUCUGUUGGAAUGUACCUUUGUAAGCCAGAGUCUGAAGUGCAUCGAAGCUUUUUCAUGAGCAUGGGUAAGGAGUACCUUGAAUCAUGGGCCCGUAAGUUCUUGGCUGGAGAGGAAUCUGGGGCCUUAUAGUUUCAUAACUGAAUACUGAUUGAGCUUCUUCACUACAGCUGCAUCAUAGUUAGCUCAUAGACUAUGCUGCUGAAUCGUCGUUUAUAGGGUCGUGUUGUUAAUGCCGAUUUAUGUUCUACAAUAUGCACAUCUUGCGCUUCGUCAGUUGGUAAAUAUCAGUUCGGUAGCUGUCAUGUAAAUUGUUAUGCGGACAAGUUAGUUCGCCUCUCAGUUUGUAAGCCUCUCAGGUUAUUUUUAGCUCUGAUUCCUCAGGUUGUAUAUGGUAACUGAAUUGGUCUAAUUUAGUCCUGUUAAUUCUUGGGAUAUAUAUCGUCUCUUCGUUGA